UCACAACAUAGGGGGAGGGGCUAGUUACAAAACAUUUCUUGUGGCGCCAACCCGCUGCUUGAAUAAUGUCCACACUGUUGACUGUAUAGGUCCACACAGAGCAAGAGGUUGCGAGUAUCGUCUUGACUUCUCUCGAGUAACUGUAUCUGCAGUCAAGUGCAUUGACAUGUCGGCAAAACGUAAAGCUGUUGAAAAGGACAUGACUCCUGUAACUAUGGAGCCAACAACCAGACGGUCAUCUAGAAAAGCCCUGGCAGUGAAACGCCUCCAGUACUCCCCUGAGCCUGAAGUGCAAAAGAAGAAAAUGAAAACAAAAGUGCUCAAAGAAGAGGACGUUGAAAACAAUGAUGUGGAGCAUGCAGCCGAUGGACAUGGAGGACUUUCUGCCUAUGAACUGGAGCGCCUGGAGAACAUCCGACAGAACCAGGCCUUUCUGUCAUCUAUCAACUUAUACCAGGCAACUGAGGAGUUCAAGCAGCUGACCCGACCAAAGCCAUCACAGAGGGGCCUCAUGAGGUCGCAAGCUGCUGUAAAAGAAGUUUUGCCGCCUCGUAAAUCCCUUCGUCUCCAAAAUAAAGAGGCAGAGAUCUUGACGCUACCCCCUGAACCCAGGGGCACGCUGAUCACUACAGAGUAUAUAUCCGUCAAGAAGCCCUCUGGACCUUUGCCCAUGAAUCCAGUCAACAUGGAAGAGGGAAGCAAACUGCCAGCACAACUUGUCGAGCUUUGUUCUGAGCACUCAACAGAAGAAAAGAAGAUGGAGCUUGGUUUAAAAGGGUACCGCUCUGCACUUCAGAGCAUGAAGAUAGCGGAGGACAAAGUAGCCAAAGUGGUGAAGGAUCGCAUCUUCUCUGCAGCCUUCCACCCCUGCACCAGCAGCCUGUUGAUGGCUGCAGGAGACAAGUUUGGGAAAGUGGGACUCUGGAAGUUGGCUGGUGAUUGGGGCGAUGAUGGCGUGCUGCUGUUUGCGCCACACUCUCGUCCAGUGUCCUGCAUGGCGUUCUCCACCGCCCAUCCCUCCCAGCUGCUGAGCCUCAGCUAUGACGGCUCUCUGCGCUGCAUGGAUGUAGAGAAGGCAGUAUUUGACGAUGUGUAUGAUAUUGAAGAUGGCCUGAAAACAUUUGACUUCUUGUCGCCUGAUUGUUCAACACUCGUGGUUGGGAACUGGUUUGGAGAAGUUGCCGUUGUUGAUCGACGCACCCCUGGAAACUCCCAUGAGUCCCUCCACUCAAUGGACCCCAAGACUUUGCGUUGUGUUAGCGUCCACCCUUUACAAAGGCAGUACUUUGCGGUGGCAGAAAGCAGGGUUGUGAGUAUUUAUGACAGCCGGUGCCUGAAGAAGACCAACAGCCCGGCAGUCUCCCAGCUGCAUGGCCACAGUUUAAGCAUCUCCAGUGCUUAUUUCUCCCCCUGCACUGGGAACAGAGUUCUCACCACAUGCAUGGAUAACCACAUAAGAAUAUAUGACACAUCAGCAAUGACCACCAAAUCUCCUUUACUGACAAGCAUCAGACAUGACAUGCACACAGGCCGCUGGCUGUCCAAGUUAUCAGCAGUGUGGGACCCUAAACAAGAAGACUGCUUCGUGGUGGGAAGCAUGAUGAGGCCUCGGAGGGUGCAGGUAUUCCAUGUAAGCGGCCAGUCCCAGCACACCUUCAUGGACAGUGAGAACCUUAGCACAGUGCUGUCUGUCACCGCUUUCCACCCCACAGCGAAUGCCUUGCUGGGUGGCAAUGCAUCAGGCCGUCUGCAUGUCUUCUCAAGUUAAAGUAAAGACCAGACAGUUUGUGAGCAGCAAUGGAUGUAUCCCUGUUUCCCACUAGAGCUUUUCUACAAUAUUCUCACUUUAUGUAUCGAAAUAAUAUCAAGUUGUUGUCAUAGACACUUUAAAUUUUCUAUGCUUCAUUCAUUCGUACACUGAGGUUAACAGGAUAUUAACUGUCAAGUGCCAGAGUUUGUUAGGUGGCGGCUGAGCAUCGGUGUAGGCUGGGGUACCUCCUGCUCUUGGCCUUAAAAGAAAAGUCUCUACCUUAAUGUUGUGUAUGUUCACAAUAUUUCUCCAUUAGAUCCUCAUGCUCAUGUUAAGGUCUCACCAAAUACAAACUUACUUUCCUCCCUAGUAGUGAUGGUGCACAACAGUAAAACAAGUAUAUUCAGACUUCCAUCUGCAGUAUGCAUCUGUAAUAGCCAAACACAUCAGGACUCUGCACGCUAAUCCCUUCCUUGCAAAGUAGCUUUGUCUUGGGACUGAAUGAAUGGCAAUAUUCUGCAACCAGAUUAUCAGCUGAACUGAGGUCUGGACCACAGGAUGAUCUGGUGUUUUGAAGCCACUCCUUGUAGACUCGGCUUCAGGCUUGCGUUUAUUGUCUUGCAGGAUAUUGACCUUCUUUGCAGAUGGUAGCUGAUCUUCUGUUUAUUAACAAAUGCAGGGACAUGCCCAUUUUUUGCUGCAUUCAUUUUACAAGCUGAUGGGCCUGCAAAUAAGCAAGCAAACAGCACGAAGCUACCAGCUCUCAUGGUGUUGUGUUUCUCAUGUGCAGGGCUUGUCAAGUGACCAAAAAAAGCUACAUUUUGAUCCCAAUAUGGCAGAUUUGUAGCUGUGAUCUAUGGGUUCCCCCCUCCUUACUGUACUCUAAGGCGUAUUCUCUGUAUAGGGAAAGACAAGAUCAUUACGUUACAGUUUUAUAGAUAUUUGUUUUGUACAUCACCAUAAUUUAGUUCAGUGAUCAGAUACUUCUUUUCUUUCUGAAAGCCUAAAUUAUUGUUACAUACUUCUGUUAUUAUUGUUUGUGGCCCAGAGACAGCACAAGAGUCUUUGGUCUGAGAAAAGUUCCUGUUGUAAAGUUGUUUAUUUCUGUUUUUUGUAUUUGUUGUUUUUAGAGCAAACGGAAUAAAUGGACCUUUUAAUACUAAA